UCAUGUUUUCUUACUUCUUUAACAUAUAUAACAACGAAAACACAAUAAUAAUAGCGCGCGCUUAAAAAUUCCCAAUAUUCCUUGAAGUUGUUGGCUGUUACAGUACAUGUGUGGCUGAGCUGAAUUAUUCGUUCAUUUUAUUAAAAUUAGUGCGAAAAAUAUUGUGGGAAAAUGCUGCUAAAGUAUAAAACAUCAGGCAUCAGAUAUGUACAGUACAUUUCAUCCUUAGCUGCCAUGACAACAAUAGCAGCCGUGUCCACUCAUUUCGUAUGGACUUCCCCUGCAGUCCCACAACUUACAUCUGCAAACUCACCUAUAGGCGUUACAUUAAAUUCGACCGAAACAUCUCUGAUAGCUUCCCUAUUAUUUGUAGGGGUAGGAUUAGGUAGUAUGUUUGCAAGUUACCCUAUAGAAUACAUAGGAAGAAAGAAAACUCUUGUUGUAUCGAUGGUGCCUGUAACUAUUAGUGCAAUUGUUAUAUUAUGCGCUAAUUCAGCUGGCUGGCUGUAUGCUGCUAGAAUCAUAGCAGGAACUUCUUCCGGUUUAUGCUUGAGUGUUGGACCUAUUUACAACGCUGAAAUAUCUGAAAGCGAUAUUCGCGGUCGUAUUUCAAAUUUCCUGACAAUUAUGUCAAUGGUGGGAAAUCUUUAUGGAUACUCCGUGGGUCCGUUUGUUUCGUACACAACUUUUGCGAUUACAUUAAUUAUAAUUCCCGUCGUUUGUCUCUUUAUAUGUUUGUUUAUACCGGAAUCUCCCUACUACCUUGUCAAAACGGGUAAGAAGGAUGAAGCAAGAGCGGUAUUGAAAAAGUUAAGCAGCGACUGCUCCUCUGAAGAAUUUAUAGAUGGGCGACUUGCUGAUAUAACCCAAUCUGUUAAAGUCGACAUGCAAAACAAAUCCUCGUUUAAAGAACUGUUUAAGCCAGAUUAUAGAAAACAACUCGUGAUGACAGUGAUAAUAAGGAUGCUAAUGUAUUCAUCAGGAGCAUAUUGUGUUUUUUCAUUCCUUCAAACAAUCAUGGAUCUAAGCGGUAGCAGUAUACCAUCCAAUUACGCCAGUAUAGGGUUUGGUGCCCUAAACAUACUAGCAGGAAUAGUAUCAGGCCAGGUAGUAGACAGACUUGGUAGAAAACCAUUAUUCGUAAUUUGCUGUUUGGUAUCUGCAAUUUCACUGUUUGUCGAAGGUCUAUACUUUUAUCUCUACCAAGCUACUGAUUUUGAUGUUUCGUCCCUUUAUUGGUUACCCCUAACAGCGCUAUUAGUUUAUGAAUUGUUUGUCGUGGUAGGACUUCUCGGUCUACCGUUCAUAAUAGUAGGAGAAGUAUUUCCUUUAAAUGUAAAAGGAAGAGCACUGUCUUUGAACACAUUCCUGGGUGCUCCAUUGGGAGUUUUAGCCAUUAUGACGUUUCAACCCAUGUCUGAAUAUUGGGGCAGCUAUGUACCAUUCUGGAUCUACGGUUGUUGUUGUAUAAUAGGUUUUCUAUAUGGCAUAUUUUAUUUACCAGAAACCAAAGGAAAAUCUUUAGCAGAAAUACAGAAACAAUUUCAAUAAAUGAUACGAAUACAUAUUUAUACAAUACAUAUCUUUUAAUAAAUUACAUUUUUUAAU